GUUCGGGCGCCGGUUGGAGACUGAGAUUUAAAUCCAUUGGCGAGGAAGCGGCGGCCAUUUCAUGCACCUGAGGUCGGACUGGAGAGUGUGGGACAGACGCCUGACGGAGCCGGUGUGAACAAAAUGUCUCAGUUUGUUUUUGAGAGUGACAUUAAUAAUCUCCUAAAAUUGGAUGCUCCAAUAACAAAUGGGCCUCUAGCCAGGUGGCAGCGCAAAGCAAAGGAAAACAAUGGUGUUACUGGAUCUUUGUCUACUUCUGCUAAUAUUAGUGGCUUAUCACCAAUGAAGACUACAAACCGGUCACUGAAUGCAUCCAAGUUGGUGACACCUAGUAAGACACCAGGCAAGACAAAAACCCCUAAAUCUUCUAAGUGUUCCCGAGUACAGGGGACACCAUCAAAAGUAGGUGGUGAUCGUUAUAUUCCAGCCCGUAAUGCAGUACAAAUGGAUGUAGCACAUUUCUUGAUUGCCAAAGAAAAUGAACAAGAAAAUGAGUCUCCAACCAAGAAGGAACAGCAGAAGUCCUGGUCCUUAAACUUGAAUGGUUACGAUGUUGAGCAGGCUAAAAUUCUGCGACUGAGUGGGAAACCUCUUUGUGCACCAGAAGGUUACCAGAACAAUCUGAAAGUUCUGUACAGUCAGUCAGCAACACCAAGUUCCACCAAGAAGCCCACCCGAUACAUUCCCUCGAUGCCAGAGAGAAUUCUGGAUGCUCCAGAGAUCAGAAAUGAUUACUAUCUAAAUUUGAUUGAUUGGAGUUCACUGAACUAUCUGGCUGUGGGACUUGGAAAUAAUGUGUAUCUCUGGCAUGCUGAGUCUGGUGAUAUCCUGCCACUUGUACAGCUGGAGGGUCAGGAAGACUACAUUGCUUCUGUGUCCUGGAUAAAAGAAGGGAAUUAUUUAGCAGUUGGAACUAGGAAUGGAGAGGUACAGGUUUGGGAUGUGGAACGUCAGAAACGUCUGAGGAAUAUGGUGAGUCACACUGUACGAGUUGGGUCACUCAGCUGGAGCAGUUACAUUCUAUCCAGUGGCUGCAGAAUGGGUCAAAUACAUCAUCAUGAUGUCCGUGUUGCACAACACCAUGUAGCUACCUUGACAGGACAUACACAAGAAGUCUGUGGCUUGAAGUGGUCACCUGAUGGCAGGUAUCUUGCUAGUGGUGGUAAUGACAACAUUCUGAACAUCUGGCCAAGCAUUACUGGGAAUGAUGCAGAAUGCCAACCAUUACAUACGUUCACACUGCAUCAGGGUGCUGUUAAGGCAGUUGCCUGGUGUCCUUGGCAAGCAAAUAUUCUUGCAAGUGGUGGUGGCACCAGUGACAGAUUCAUCCGCCUUUGGAAUGUCAAUUCUGGGUCAUGUUUGAAUGCUGUGGACACUCGUUCUCAGGUCUGUUCGAUAAUCUGGUCGACAGAGUACAAAGAAAUGGUGUCAGGACAUGGAUUUUCACAAAAUCAGUUGGUAAUCUGGAAAUAUCCAAACUUGACCAAAGUUGCUGAGCUUAAAGGACAUCAGGCUCGUGUGCUGGAUCUGACUUUAAGUCCAGAUGGAACUACAGUAUGCUCUGUGGCUGCAGAUGAAACCAUCCGCAUCUGGAAAUGUUUUGCUGUGGACCCAGCAAAGAAGAAGAAAAUGGCAGUAGCCAAUCAGUCCAGUGUGCUGCACCAUGGCAUUCGAUAAAACACAUGAUUUUUGUGAUAGAAGCUUCUGCAACAAAAAAUGUGGUUGAACUCUACUUUCAAUGGAACAUUGGAAAGACUAAAUGUACAUUUAUUAAUGGAGGGAAACCAGUGUAUUUUUUUAUCCACUGGGAAUGUUUGCAUGAUAGUUAUUUUUAUUUUCACAAGUAUUGUUGGUAUUAUUUCUUGUACAUAAAUUUUUAACUUGUAACAUUUUAAUAAAACUGUUUAUGCUAGACAUUUAACCUUUUAAGUAAUUUAACAUGUAUAAAUUUCUUUAAUUUUCAUUUUUCAAUAAACUUCGUAUAUUCAA